UAUACCCCACGAGAAUUGCGGUUUUGACAGUUGACAUUUGAAAAUGUUUGAAAAACACUGAAAGUGCCGAAUACAAAUUUACCCAAAACAAAUUAAUUAAUAAUUUUAAUUACGGGAAUGUUUCACAGCAAAGCUAUCACGCACCCACGAGACGAUGUCAGUAGGACGUCGGAUUUAAUCGUUGGUGAAGAUCACGAAUUUAUAGUCCCCGUGAAAAGUAUAAGAAUACCCGAAGAUAUGCAACUAUGGGAGAAAUCAGAGGCGUAUCACGAGUACCUUGGGUUUGUAUUAGCAUUAAACGAAGCGAUUCGCAGUAAGGCAAACAGCCUGAAAGCUGUUCAGUUGUCCCCGGCGAUUUUAAAUCUUCUAGAAAUGUUGGAAAAGUUAAAUAAAUUAAUCAACGACACACCACCAGUACAACAGCCUCAAAGGUAUGGGAACCAUGCAUUUAGGGAUUGGUACCGAAAGUUAAAAGACCAAGCCUUUGAUCUUGUACAAAGUGUUGUUCCCGAAAGACUACAUCGUGCAGUGCCGGAAAUUGUAUUUUACCUAACUGAAGGUUUUGGUAAUUCAACUCGAAUUGAUUACGGAACUGGCCACGAACUCUCUUUCAUAAUGUUCCUUUGCUGUUUGUUUAAAAUUGGGGUUCUGGUAGAUUCGGAUAAAGUGGCAGUACCUUGUAAAGUUUUUGCAAAGUACAUGGAUGUAGUAAGAAAAUUGCAACAGACUUAUCGUAUGGAACCUGCCGGUAGUCACGGAGUAUGGAGCCUUGAUGAUUAUCAAUUUGUUCCAUUUAUUUGGGGAAGUUCACAGUUAAUCGCUCACCCACGAAUCGAGCCUCCCAUGUUCUUGGACGAAAACAUAAUUGAAACGUAUCAUCACGACUACUUAUUUCUAGCCUGCAUAAAGUACAUCAAUCAAGUAAAGACAGGGCCCUUUGCUGAGCAUUCAAAUCAGUUGUGGGGAAUAAGCGGGGUUUCUAACUGGACAAAGAUUAACGGUGGACUGAUAAAAAUGUACAAAGUCGAAGUCUUAGGGAAAUUUCCUGUAGCUCAACAUAUUCUUUUUGGUUCACUAUUACCGUAUAAGGUAGCUCAAAUGCCUACAGGUGGGCGCAAGGUACGCCUUAACCUUAUGCCACCAUCUCCAAGCUCAGUGACGGAAGAUACUGCUACUGCAUCUAGUUUUAUACCGUUAAAUGAAAAAUAAAUUAUGUGUUAAUAAGUAACUUGUUUGUUUAUGUUAAUAUAAUUUAAUGAUUUA